UUUACAGACAUGAUGGCAGGAGCUGCAGCAACCACCUUAGAACCCAGAGAUGGAAGCCAUGUGAGGAGAAUGGCAGUACCAGCUUAGGACUCCCUACUUUUGGAUUACUGUGAAAUAUAGUAGCUAGAGAAUCAAGCUAAGUACCAAGAAAUAACCAGAGAAAUCCAGAAAGUGGGACAUUCUGUAGGACAACCGAAUUACUUCGACUAGAAAAUGUGAACCACAGGAUGUGAUUCCUGACCCCUUCUUUGGGGAAUGUUACCAAGGAGAGCAUUUUUCCCACAUGGUAAACAAAAGAAAAGGAAGACUGCCUGCUGGGUUUUCAUGAUGUCAUCCAUUCAUCAUUGUGAGCUGAUGGGUGGUCUCAGGCUUGGCCAGCUGCCCAAGGCCGGGAAGGAAGAGCGAGACCCCAGGACAAAACUGCAGCAGGCCCCUGAGCAUGUGCGGAAAUGUUGCCAUCAGCUCCACAUAGAAAGACUUGGUGGAAAUUGAAGAAGACAGUAAAAGUCACACAGUCCUUUCCAAUCGUCCCUUCCCUGGAUGCCUGGGAAGAAUUCAGGGGCCUCUUUCCUGUGGAUGGGGAGCCAAACCCUGGAGUGGGCCUGGGUGUGGAGGAGGGACUACUCUGCCAGAUGGUUCAUUCUCCAGAAUUCAACCUGUUUCCUGACUCAGUGGUGUUUGAAAGCAACUUUGUCCAGGUCAAAAAGAGCAGGAACUGGAUAGACAUCUACAAAGCCUCCAACACCAUAGCCCUCGGGGUGACCUCCUCUGUGCCCUGCCUGCCCCUUCCCAACGUCCUCCUCAUGGCCAGCGUCAAAUGGCACCAAGGGCAGAGCCAGACAUGGAACAGACCACCUACAGCCCCAAUCAUCAUCCUGAAGAGAAUCCUCCCGUUGAAGUUUGUGGAGCUCCAGGUCUGCGACCACCCUCAGCGCAUCCUGCGGUUGAGGACAGUCACGGAGAAGAUCUACUACCUGAGGCUCCACCCUGACCACCCAGACACCGUUUUCCACUUCUGGAUCCGACUGGUUCAAAUUCUGCAACAGGGCCUGUCCAUCACCACCAAAGACCCCAGGAUCCUCAUCACUCACUGUCUGGUACCCAAGAACAGCAGCAACUCCUUGGAAGACUCUAAGUCAGUACAGAAGAAACUUCCAGUCUCCCAGCCCAGCGAGAGCCUUAUGCAGCUCAUGGCCAAAGGGGAGAGUGAGGCACUCUCUCAGAUUUUUGCCGAUUUGCACCAGCAAGACCAGUUCAGUUCCAGGAGCAGCAAAAAGACAGAGAUCAAAAAGGACAGCUCAGGCCAAGUGAAAGUCACUCCCCGUGAAGACUGCAUACCUUGCACCAGUGACCUCAGUUGGAGGGAUUCGUUCACAUAUGGAGAGUGGGAAAGAGAGAACCCCUCUGGGCCACAGCCCCUCUCCCUCCUCAGCACUCUGGCAGCCUCCACAGGGCCACAGAUGGCCCCACUCAUAGGAAAUUCUAUCUGAGCCACUCUUUCACACUGGGGAGACCUGCGCAGCCCUCACCAAGACCACCCCGCAGCAUUCAGCGUUCUGAGGGUGACUAUCUGGGUGAAGGGGAGGAGAAAGCUGCAACUAAGGAAAAACUAGAAUCAUCUCACACUGGUAGCAUAGCCUGUCCUUGGAGAACCAUUUGGGCCUAUGGCUCCCAGAUGAAAAACAUUAUUCCAGCACGUCUCUGCACGUCCUGCCCACCUCACAUCACUACUCCUCACCUCCGUUCCAUCUCCAGGAUGGGCACGAGAAAACAUGCUCACAGAGCAGCCAGAACCAAGAGAAAAGAAAGGGAAGCAGCGCCAGAGGAGAGGUGGAAGAGCAAGGUGGAGGGAGGAAGUCAGAGAGGAGAGACAGAGAAGUAGAGACAGAUGGAAACAGAAGAGACUUGGGAGACACACUGAAGAGAAAAGAAGAAAUCCACCACUGACAGAUGUCUCACCAAGCUUCUAUUUAUCUAAUUUAAAACUUGAAAGUAAGACCAUAUACCAAACAAGGAAUGUGUUAUUUUCUCUG